ACAGGUCCUCCCUGGUCCCAUUCCCUUACGGGAUUAACCGGAAAGCGAUCGAUUCGGUGGAUCAAAUCGAUCAGCAAGCCAAACGCGACGCGGUAAAUGACCGACUAGUCCUCCACACGACUGACAGCGUGUCCGUAUCAGGCCUACCAAAGACGGCGGGAAAACCACACUAAGUCAGAUCGCCAACGAUGGACUUUGUGAAGACGUCGGUGUACCUCUGCCUCGCUUUGUGCUCAGCACGGGCUCUCUUCCAACGCACACACACAGACAACAUCCUCUUCGCGCGUUCAGCCCUCAGGCUGCUAGACCCGCCCACCAGGUUCGAGCCAUGUUGUCUGAUGUCGCCGCCUCCACCUCCGCUGUUCCCUCCGCCUCCCAUGUUGUGGAAGCAUGGGAACCCUGGUGACAAUGGCCUCCUAGUGCCAGGUAUUGGUAAGGGACCGGGCCAUGAAGGACCCACAGCGGUGGUCCCUGGUUGUGCUGCCGGACCACCAGGCCCACCAGGUCCGGAGGGCCACAGUGGACUGCCCGGCAUCAGAGGACCCAAAGGAGACAAGGGGGAGAUUGGUCGUCCCGGGUUAAAGGGUCGCACUGGGGCCCCUGGGCUCCCUGGGAAACCUGGUGUGCAGGGACGGCUCGGUGUUCCGGGGCCCGAAGGACAGAAGGGCGACCCAGGACUCAUGGGCUUACCUGGACCUAGAGGACCAGCAGGGCUUAAGGGAUUCCCCGGUUCCAAUGGAGAGAGGGGGGCGCGGGGGACCCCUGGAGCAAUGGGACCUAAAGGGGACAAAGGGUCCGUUGGAUUGACUGGGAUGCUGGGACAGAAGGGUGAGAUGGGGACUAAGGGGGAGGAAGGUGUCCCAGGAAGGAGAGGGCCUACCGGACGACCCGGAAAGAGAGGAAAACAGGGCACCAAGGGCCAUGCGGGGGCCCCGGGCCGUUUGGGGCCCCCAGGCCCACAGGGCCCUCUGGGCCGUCCAGGCCCCCCCGGUCCACCUGCCUCAGCGCUCUACGUGGUGGGGGAGAAGGGAGACUCGGGGCCCCCCGGCCCCCCGGCUGUCUGUCGCUGUGACCCCGCUCCGGGGGUGAGCAGCGCCCCGUUCAGCAGCUACACACGGCACGACAACUACCACAAAGUCCCAGCAAUAUAUGUAGUGAGCAGUGAGGAGGAGCUGACCAACCUACAAGUAGACAACGCUUUAGCUCUCCGGAAGGAUCAGAGGUCACUCUACUUUAGAGACAAAGAUGGAUGGAAGCCAAUACAGCCCUUCCAUCCCUUCCAGUCCACAGAGAAAGUCCCCGAGCAGCUGGGCGUGUGUGGGGACGGGAGGGUCCAGGCCACCCAGGGAGAGGAGUGUGACGACGGCAACAAGAUCGUCACCGACGCCUGUCUCAACUGCAAGUGGGCCUACUGCGGGGACGGCUAUCGGCACGAGGGCAUGGAAGAAUGUGACGGGAAGGACUUUGGUUACCAGACGUGCAAGUCCUACCUUCCUGGGUCCUUUGGACAGCUGAGAUGCACCGAGGCCUGUGUGAUGGACUCCACCGGCUGUAAGUACUUCACCUGAGAGAGGAGCCCAGCUGGUGCCUCCACACGGCAGCUACCCUGAGUCGGCUGCAUGUCCAGACCUCCCCUCAUGCUUUUGGGCUUCAGACCUCUUCCUCUUACCACUGAAGGCACAGCCCGGAAGA